AAGCUGACGCACCGUUAUUUACCGGACCGUUAACUUUGCUCCUCCAGCUUUUCCUCAUGUCAUCACAGCCUACAUGUUGUGCUAAACCAGGGAAAAAUACAUGAAAGAUAGUUUUGUAACACUUUGACCACUGAAGUGCUCCUGAUUGUGUUGGGUUUUUUUUUUUCUUCUUCUACUUUUUGGACACUUAAACCGCGUUAUUACGCAUGAUGCGCAAAGGGAUGGCUCCUCUUCAGAGACAAAGAACAGGAGUACAAAAUGUUUUUUAUAUCUGUCUCUCCAUUUCACUGGCUUAUUCUUACAAUAUAGACUUAGAACAUCCUUUGGUGUUCCGCGGACCAAAUUCUAGUUUUUUUGGCUAUUCUGUGCUGGAGCAUUAUCAUGACAACACACGCUGGGUAAUAGUAGGGGCUCCGAGGGCGAACUCUACCUACAGUAGCUCUGUGCACUCUCCUGGAGCUGUAUAUAAGUGUCGAGUUCACAGCAACCCAGAGCGCCGCUGCACAGAGAUGGAUCUGGGAAGAGGAAACAAGCUCAGAGAGUCGUGUGGGAAGACAUGCCAGGGAGACAGGGAUGAUGAGUGGAUGGGGGUCAGCCUGGCUCGCCAGGACAGAGCCAACGGCAAAAUACUGGCCUGCGCUCACCGCUGGAAAAACGUCUACUACGACUCAGAGCAUAUCCUUCCACAUGGAUACUGCUCCAUCAUUCCUCCAACGCUUCAGGGGAGGACCAAACCGCUCAUCCCUUGUUAUGAAGACUAUAAGCAGAAGUAUGGGGAAGAACACGGCUCGUGCCAAGCCGGGAUUGCGGGAGUUUUUACGGAGGAGCUGGUGGUAAUGGGGGCACCAGGGUCAUACUACUGGACUGGGACGAUCAAGGUAUACAACCUGACAUCCGACUCGUUCUACAGCCCGAACAAGGAAGACGUCGACUCCCACAGAUACAGCUACCUUGGCUAUGCCGUGACUGCGGGACACUUCUCCUCUCCUAAUGUAAUCGACAUAGCUGCAGGGGCGCCUCAGCACAGCGGCAGUGGAAAAGUUUACAUUUUCAAAAUCGAUGGCGUGUCUUUGGUGAAGAGUUUUCAAGCCUCAGGGAAAAUGAUGGGCUCUUACUUUGGCUCCUCAUUGUGUGCAGUUGAUCUGAACCAGGACGGCCUGUCGGACCUGCUGGUGGGGGCACCCAUGCACAGCCAGCUCCGGGAUGAGGGCCAGGUGUCUGUGUACCUCAGCAAGGGCAAUGGGGUGAUGGAGGACGGUGGCGUUUUGACCGGUGACAAUGCUUUUAAUGCACACUUUGGAGAAUGCAUUACUGCAAUUGGAGACAUAGAUGACGAUGGUUAUCAAGAUGUGGCCAUCGGAGCACCUAAAGAGGACGACUAUGGAGGAGCUGUUUAUAUCUACCAUGGUGAUGCCACAGGAAUCAUCAGCAAAUACUCCAUGAAACUGUCUGGGCGCAGUGUAAACCCUGGUCUGCAGAUGUUUGGCCAGUCAAUCUCCGGCAACGUGGACAUGGAUGGCAAUGGUUACGCAGAUGUUACUAUUGGAGCUUUCAUGGCAGAUAGCGUGGUGCUGCUGAGGUCCCGGCCUGUCAUUACGGUGGAUGUGUCCAUCUUCCUGCCCGUCUCCAUCAACAUCUCUGUGCCACAGUGCCACGAGGGCCACCAGAACCUAAACUGCUUCAACGCCACCGUCUGCAUGCGCUUCCGGGGAAGACAGCUGCCCGGACAGAUAGAGCUGCUGUAUAACUUGACAGCUGAUGUGGAUAAGCGACAGAAGAGCCAGCCGUCCCGGGUUUACUUCGUUCAGAGCGGAUCUCAGAUCAGCCAGAUGAGCCAGCAGCUCAACCUGGAAAUCAACAGGGAGGAGUGCCAGCGCUACACGGCCUAUGUAAAGAAAGAUGUGAAGGACGUGUUCACAGCCAUCACGUUCGAGGUGGCCUACAGCCUGGGGAAGCAUGUGCUGUCGGGACACCAGGAGCGAGACCUGCCCGCGCUCACUCCAGUGCUGCGAUGGAGGAAAGGAAACAAGAUCGCAGUGAGGAAUGAGACUUGGUUUGAGAAGAACUGCCUGUCAGACGACUGUGCUGCAGACCUGAGGCUUCAUGGGAAACUGCUGCUCUCUGGGUUGCAUAGCAAACCCCAUUUGGCCCUCGGAGGAGUGAGGAAUGUCUCUUUGAACCUGACCAUCUCCAACGCUGGAGAUGACGCCUACGACACCAACAUCUACUUCAACUUCUCCAGAGAGGUUUUCUACAUCAACUUUUGGCAGAAGGAAGAGAAGGGUAUUUCCUGUGAACUUGUUGAUUUGGACUUCCUCAAAUGUAGCGUGGGAUUUCCCUUCAUGAGAGCACAGACUAAGUAUCAUUUUGCAGUGAUUUUUGACACAAGUCAGCUCUCUGGGGAAAAUGACACAUUGCAGUUCUUAGUUCAAGCAAAAAGCGCCAAUCCUGAGCACAAACUCUCUGACAACAGUUUGGAUCUUUCCAUCCCUCUGGUUCAUGAGACUGACACAACUAUUACAGGUGUGGUGACACCAACCUCCUUCGUGUAUGGAAACUCCAUCGAUGCCUCGCGCUUCGUCCAGCUGGAAGACAUGGAGUGCAACUUUCAGCCUCUCAAUCUCACUUUUCAGGCCAUAAACAAGGGGCCCAGCAGGCUGCCUGGCUCCACUGUGGACAUUAGGAUACCCAACCGGCUGGCUGGCAGCGGAGCUGACAUGUUCCACAUCAUUGAAACACAGGUGGCUGAUGGUCGAGGAAACUGCACCCCUCACAAGAACCCGGCACCGUGCACCAUCCCCCAGGACAGAGAGAGCAUUUUCCACUCCAUAUUUGCCUUCUUCACCAAAUCAGGACGCAAAGUCUUGGACUGCGACCGGCCUGGAAGAGCGUGUAUGACAAUUUCUUGCAGUCUGGGUCCACAGUUAAAAGAAGAAGCUUUGAGCAUAGAUAUAAAACUUCUGCUCAACACUGAAAUUCUUAAGAAGGACAGUUCUUCAGUGAUCCAGUUUGUGACAAGGGGCAGUGUUCAAGUAAAUGACAGGGCAGUGGAGGUGCCAGAAGGCCUUCCAGAGGACAUUUCUCUGGUGUUCGAGGCGCUCCACAGUCAGGAGCCGAGGGGUUACGUAGUCGGCUGGAUCAUCGCCAUCAGUCUGCUGGUGGGAAUCCUCAUCUUUUUGCUGUUAGCUGUGCUGCUCUGGAAGAUGGGUUUCUUCCGUCGGCGCUACCGGGAGAUCAUUGAGGCUGAAAAGAACAGGAAGGACAGUGAGGAAAGCUGGGAUUGGAUGGAAAAGAACUGAGACUUGCAGUUGAUUGGGGGGGGGUCCCAGAGGAGCCGAUGCGAUUAGGGAUUGGGUCGGGAAGGAUCCAAUAGCAUGGGGUCUCGCAGCCCAGCCGCCCCAGUGGCACCAGACCCAUCAGUCUUCCAUAUGUGGAAGAGAAGAAUAUUCUCCAUAUUUUUUGGAGACUUGAUAUUUUUUUGUGGGCGGGGGUCCAGGAAACAGGCUUCUGAGGUGACAGUGUGGCUUGCCAGAGGACACUUGCUGUGGAAUUCAGCUAAUCUCAAAGGAGGUAACUCCCAGCCAGUGGAGCGUGGCUGUUGAUGGAGACCCACAUCUGUAUGGAGAUGUGAAGACGGAAUGAAUACUGGUGGACAACAAAACCCUCAGGGCUAUGUUACAUAGCAAAUUUAUUUUUAUACAUACACUUUAAGCCAUAUUGUAUAAAACUGGGCUUUGAGAAGGGCUGGGGUUUUGAAGGCCAUUAUAAACAUACUGGAUCUACAGUAUGUUUUCCUAAAAGCACUGAUGUUUGAUAAGAAUGAAUGCCUUGGCUCCAUAGCUUUACUUUUUAUGCCAAAGAUAUGUCCUGUACAGUAUAUGAUUGGAGUCAUUUGUAUAUUCAGUUCUUCCUGGGAGUGAAAGAUUGUAUCUUUUCUAUACUAUUUCCGGCUUACGAAUAUCUUUUUUACACAUCUGAGUGCUCCUCCCUCCCACAGAUCAUCAGACAGCGCAAAUUCUGUGCUUUACACCCACACACACACACAAUGAUUAAAACGCUGUGUCCUGAUGUCAUCCGCCAGUGUUUCAAAAGCUCUGAAGACCCAGAAAAAAAAGUGCCCUCUGAGGUCAUUAGGACCUCAUUCAGGAUGCGGUAAUCAGCAGCGCUGUUUAGUUCUCUAUUAACACUUUAUUUGCCAUGUUUCCUUUAUUAUCCACGCCUGAAAUGAAGAGGAUGGGUUGUAAACUAAACCGUAAAAGCCGCCAUUCACAUUUCAAGCUUUGUGACUUUCCAUAAGCAUUCCAUUUGUUCUGGUCAUGCUUUUAACCAAGUUGUUUGUAGGUGUUAAAGUGGAAGUAACCUAGGUGAUUCUGAUUGAUUUGCAUUUUAACUUUUAGUCUCAGCGAUGCUUUGAAUUAAGAAAUUCUUUAAAAGUGCAAUGUGCAGUAGAGCAAAUUAUCUGAAGCUGCUUUUGCAAGGAACUAUUGCUCAGGUAUGCAGCUGGCUUUUUUGAUGGACCCCCAAAGGUUUCCAGGUUUAAAAUGAAAGUAUCAUAGUUGUUUCUCUAGGAAGUGAUUCACUAUAUGUCAUGACAUAGGACCUGAUCAUGAUUUAUUUCCAAAACCUUUCCAGACUUCACCUAAGCAGGCUGCUCGAUUUUACUAUUAUAUUAUUAGGCUUUAGCGCGAAAUAUGAGAAACAUUACUCUCCACGGGCAGAUGAAAGUCUGUGAUGGGAGUCCACCUACAGUCAUUUACAGGGGCCCAUGGCAUGACUAAUGCCCCUAAAUAUAGGUGGGAAUGUGCUGCACUCAAUCACUACACAUAAACCAGCUCUUUGGGGCUCAUGGGAAAAGCUCAUUUUAAGUCAAUAUGGAGGAAUGUCAGCACCCUGAAAAACUGCCACCACUAAAGUCCAUGGCUCAUCAGUGCUCACCACACUUUUUACCCCACAAGAUCUUUUAAGUCUUUUAAAAGUUGGGCUAGAUUGUAAAUGAAAUUUUGCAGAACACAAUGAAUUCACUUUUAUUAUUUUAUCCCCAAAGAAGUAAGAAUUUUUAGAGCUUUGUCGCAAAAUAACGUGGAAAAAUACUUAAAUUAUGUUUCAUAAAGUAAGUUUUGAAGAAUGUGUCAGUGACCAUCAGGUGUAAAUGAAUUUUUAUUAGACCAGAUAUCAGUAGGUUAGGAUGAAACCCUGCAGUCUCAGGACUUCUGGGUACUUUUGCAGUAGACCGGAGUCAGACUGAAACGUGCAAUGCUAAAGAACAAAAACUAUAUUUGAAGAUUUCAGUGCUAAGUCACUUUACGGCUCACUUUGAUUGCUUAGCUCUCUAUUGUGUUGUAUGAAUCUUUUACUGAUCUAAUACACUUUAUCUUACCAUUUAAAUUCCACUGGCAUGAUGGCAUAUACUGUACACAUUCACGUCUUCCCUCUGCAUCUGUUAAACCGAUGCUAUACCUGUAUGCAGAGAAUCCGACACUUGACAUUUUUGGUAAGUUUUAACUGUGAUGGUUAUAUUUUGUUUGUACGUUUGUUUGUUGUCAUCGUUAAUCUCACCGUUAUUUGGGGUUUUGUUCUGAGUAUACUACUGUCACUGAAUAUCAUUUCCAUUAUAGUGUGCUGUAUGUUUGAUGUUUAAAGUCAUGUU